AUGGCCGCCCGGGCGCUGCUGCGGGCGGCGGGGGCCGCGCUCGGCGCCCCGGCCCGUGGCUACGCCAAGAAACCCGCCCCCAAGGCCAAGGGCAAGGGCGCGCCGAAGGAGGCGCUGAAGGGGCCGGAGGUGUGCACCGACCCCACCAUGCUCGCCACCCACGCCAUGGGCGUCAACUACUUCAAGGAGGGCCCGGAGGUGGCCCUGAAGCCCGAUUCCGAGUACCCCGACUGGCUCUUUAAGAUCCACCUCGGGCCCCCCAAGAAGCUGGAGGAGCUGGACCCUAACACACUUGAGUAUUGGAGGCGGCUGCGGAAAUACAACACAUGGCAGCGCAACAAGUUGAAGAAGGCCAGGAAGUUUUAGGUGCUACCAAGCUCAGGGCUGCCCCACGCACCAGCACAGGUGGCACUGGGACCCGCUCCUGCUUCUGGUCUCUUGAUGUAAACAAGAAAUAAAUCUGGGGUGAGACUGA